AUGCUUGGCAUUAAACAUAAAGAGGAGGAUACAUUUCCUGCUGAAGAAGGAAAACGGACACACAACAUAAAAAAGAACCGAUACAAAGACAUUAUUCCAUAUGAUGCCACAAGAGUGAAAUUGUCAUCCCUGCCUAAUGUUCAUGGUAGUGAUUAUAUAAAUGCCAACUACAUUGAGUCAGCAAAUAAAGGACAUGGUUACAUUGCAUCUCAAGGGCCUUUACCCAACACGGUAGGUGAUUUCUGGCGAAUGAUAAUGGAACUGAACAUCGACACAGUUGUGAUGGCCUGUAAAGAAGAAGAAAGCAAUAAGCCUAAAUGUGAACGAUAUUGGCCAAAGGACGGUGAGAGUAAAAUGUUUGGUACGAUAGAAGUGAAAUUGGAAUCAGAAAAUAAAAUAUCUUCUGAUUUUAUAAUUCGUAAAAUGAAAGCGAAGCAAAAUGACAAGGUUCAAGAAAUUACACAGCUUCAUUUAGCUGAAUGGCCAGACCAUGGAGUUCCAGAUGUGGAAGAUCAGUCUUCCAUCUUAGAUGCUAUUACAAUGUUGUCUGAGAGGACAAGAAAAGAUGUUCCAGUUGUAAUCCAUUGCAGUGCUGGUUGUGGGCGGACAGGAACAAUAUGUGCCAUAGAUUAUGCCCAGACUCUGCUUAAAAAUGGAAAUAUCACUCCAGAUUUCAGUUUAUUCGAAAUCAUUAAAUUUAUGCGUACACAGCGACAGUCAAUGGUACAAACACCUGAUCAAUACCAACUUGCUCAUUAUGUUGUGCGUCAAAUUUUUAAGAACCAUCUCAAGUCCCUUGGACACGGAGCUGUAUAUGAGAAUGUCAAUAUUUUUGAGAAUGUAAAUACCUCACAAAGUGACAAAUGCAUUGAACCAGAAUAUGCAGACAUAUCAGAAGUGGGCAAAGAUCAACCUAAUGAUGACGAUGAUGCAGAAACUGAAAGCUCCACCUCAUCAUUAGCCCAAAAGCCAGACACAUUGUCCACAAGCCCCAAAUCAAGUAACACUUCAACCCCUGUUCGUUCUCCAAGCCCAAAAGUGAAGUCACCACUCAAGGUACCAAGUCCUGGACAUCUACAGGCCUCACUGUCCAGUUCUCCGUCACUAGGAGAGAACAAGUCUAAAAUUUCCAAAAGCGAGUCUCUUCAUACUUAUCAUAAUGUAGAAAUUUCCUCGGAUAAUUCUGGAAAUUUUGUGACUCGGGUUAGAAUAGAAGGAACAGAAAGCAAAGAUGACAAUGUAUCGCAGCCAUCAUCGAUGCAACAAAAUCCUGCCAUCAAUCUCCACAGACAAUCGGUGCCGCCUGCUAGAAAAAAAAUAACACCUGAAUAUGAGAAUGUACAAAUAAAUGGUAAUCAAGUUCCAGAGAUAGCCAGCUCAAAGGGAGCAACGUCUGCUUCUUUUCACCAUUUUAGUGCAUCACAACAGGAAGGCAAAACGGCAGGACUUAAAAACAUCAAAGAAACAGAGUCUCUCUACACAAAAGUAACUAAAUCACAUAUGCGGAGUUUUUCUGAACCUGAAAAUACAGUUACUGAAAUGUCUGCUAUGAAAAGUCCAGCUUCUUGUAACUUUGGCGCUCAGGAACAAGAGAUACCCCAUCUGCCACCCCGAAAAUAUAAAGACGAACCUGAAGAAAAAAGUAAAGAAGAAAAACAUACAGGAAAAUUUGGAAAAAUGUUAGGCAUGUUUCAUAUAAAAAAUUCAUCUAGUAGUGAUAAGCACAGUGGAAAGCACCAAAAGAUUACAGAAAUUGCCAUCUAUCCUCUCUCCUUCUCUCUCUCUCUCUCUCUCCUUCUCUCUCUCUCUCUCUCUCCUUCUCUCUCUCUCUCCUCUCUCUCUCUCUCCUUCUCUCUCUCUCUCUCCUCUCUCUCUCUCUCUCCCCUCUCUCUCUCUCUCCCUCUCUCUCUCUCUCCUCCCCUCCCUCUCUCUCCCCCCCCCUCUCUCUCCCUCUCUCCCUCCCCCCCCUCUCUCUCCCUCCCCUCUCUCUCUCCCUCCCCCCUCUCUCUCUCCCUCCCCCUCUCUCUCUCCCUCCCCCCCUCUCUCUCUCUCCCCCCCCUCUCUCUCUCCCCUCCCCCCUCUCUCUCUCUCCCUCCCUCCCUCUCUCUCUCCCCUCUCUCUCUCUCUCCCUCCCUCCCUCCCUCCUCCCUCUCUCUCCUCCCUCCCUCUCCUUCUCUCUCUCCUUCUCUCUCUCCCCUCUCCUCCUCCUCCUCUCCUCCCUCUCUCUCCUUCUCUCUCCCUUCUCUCUCUCUGGCUUUUUUAACUUUAUUCCUUUCACAAGUUAAAUGUUUCUUUUAA